CAAAACAAAUUAAAAUAUGUUGUCUGACAGUCUCAUCUAGACACAGAGACCAUGGUCAACCAGAGCUCCCCCAUGGGCUUCCUCCUGCUGGGCUUCUCUGAACACCCACACCUGGAAAAGAUUCUCUUCGUGGUUGUCUUGUGCUCCUACCUCCUCACUCUCCUAGGAAACACACUCAUCCUCCUGCUGUCCACACUGGACCCCAGGCUCCACUCUCCAAUGUACUUCUUCCUCUCUAACCUCUCCUUCUUGGACCUCUGCUUCACCACAACCUGUGUCCCCCAGAUGCUGUUCAACCUCUGGGGCCCCACAAAGACCAUCAGCUUCCUGGGAUGCUUUGUCCAGCUCUUCAUCUUCAUGUCCCUGGGGACAACAGAGUGCAUCCUCCUGACAGUGAUGGCCUUUGACCGCUAUGUGGCUGUCUGCCAGCCCCUGCACUAUGCCACCAUCAUCCACCCCCGCCUAUGUCGGCAGUUGGCAGGUAUAGCCUGGGCUAUAGGUUUGGUCCAAUCCAUAGUUCAGACACCUCCCACCCUCCGCCUGCCCUUCUGUCCCCACAGGCAGAUAGAUGACUUUUUGUGUGAAGUCCCAUCUCUAAUUCGACUGUCCUGUGGGGACACCACCUACAAUGAGAUCCAGAUGGCUGUGGCCAGCAUCUUCAUCGUGGUUGUGCCUCUGAGCCUCAUCCUGGUGUCUUAUGGUGCCAUUGCUAGGGCAGUGCUGAGGAUAGGUUCUGCAAAGGGGCGCAGGAAAGCUUUUGGGACCUGUUCGUCCCACCUCAUUGUGGUCACCCUCUUCUACAGCUCAGUAAUUGCUGUUUAUCUGCAGCCCAAAAAUCCCUAUGCCCAAGAGAGGGCGAAGUUCUUUGGUCUCUUCUAUGCAGUGGGCACCCCCUCACUCAACCCUCUUGUGUACACCCUGAGGAACAAGGAGGUAAAGAGGGCCUUCUGGAGGCUGCUAGGAAAAGAAGGGGACUCUGAGGAAAGCUAA